UGCUCAUCUUUCCCUGUCUGCCCAGUCCUGCCCAGAGGUGAGGUACUGGAUCUCAGUGCAGCAGCUUCCCUCGUGCCUUGGAGAGGAAUUGCAGGUCAGCCAGUGCUAUUUCAGUGAGGUUUAGGAACCUGGUAGCAUCAUGGACACCCUGGCAAUGUAGCCUUGGAAGGACUAGCAUGUGUGAUUUGAAUUCCUGCAGUCCUGGAGUAUGAACAUCGGAACACUCUUUGUAUGGCUGUCCAAUCAAUGAUUUGCCAAUUUUGCUUCUUUUUUGUUCAGAAGGGUCUAGUUGGUGGGCAUGCCUUUGAAUACAGGUUAGGGUCAAAAGAAAAAUCAAUUGCUUUCAGUUGGCUGGACAAGUAACUAAAGCAGCACUAUUUUGCUUUCUUUUCAUAUAUAUAUAAUGAACUUAAAGCUUAUUUAAAGAUCCUACAUUUUUGAUUCUGUGUGAAACUCACACUGUUAUGACUCAAGCUCUGCAUAAAAAUCCACAAGGAAGAACAUAGAAAAGGCUAAAUACUGACUGUAUGUUUAAAAAAGGAUGGGAAAAUUUCUUUGCAGGUGGAUACAUAGCAUGUAUAUAUAUACAUACAGCCAUAAUACCCACACUGUGUGUGGGGAAUGUAUGUACAAAUGUACAUACACACACACACUCACGCAGUACCUCUGUCUGGUCUCUGGAUAGAUGGAAAUGUCACUUGAUUCCAGUACUUUCUUUGAUUAUAGUUGCUGUGUCCAGGAACCUCAGGCUUGUUUCUAUGGCAGCUAUUCCCAGUUCAGCUAUUUCCUCAAUCCCCAUUUGGCAGUAAGUGGAAGAUGUUGUGGCACUUCACAGUGAGCAUGUCUCAGAGGGGCUGAGAAUGGGGGCAGAGCUGUGUGCAGGUGACAGGCUCAGACAGGAGGGACUCGUGCGCAGCAGGCUGCAGCAUGGCCUCCUGUGGCACUGGUCUCUUGACUUUCAUUCAAGGGCUUCACGGACCAGCCCAGAUUUCUCUCUCUCUCUCUCCUUUUUCUUCUUUAUUUUUUUCCCUUUCUUUUCCUUCCCUGUUGCCCUGCUCUGAAGCAGGACUGCAUGAUCAGGACGGCAUAAUGAGCAGGAACACUAGGGAACCUGUGCUGCACUAGACAGGCUGACUAAUCUCCCUUUAAAUAAUCUCCCUUUAAAUAGUCUGGAAGCACACUGGUGAGUUUCUCUUUCAGGAGCCAUAAAUAGCCAGAUCCAUGCUGGUAAGUAGCAAACAGCACAGUUAUUUGUUCUAGGAAGGUCUUCCUAUUUCCUUCAUGUUAUUGCAUGGAUAGCUGUGAUCCAGUUCUCUGUAACACUCUGUAUGGUAGCAGUGCUGCUGUCUUUCCUCACACUGCUGUAUCUUCUGUGACAGUGAGGAGGGAGCAGCUCCUGGGAAAUUGGCUUCUCUUUCCAGUGCCUUUGGAUCGGAGUUGCAGUGGAGCUGGGGCUUGCUAUGGACUGUACAGCUGGCUUUAGGUAGAGCAGUGCAGUUCAGACCCUUCUGAGCAGUGCUGAGUUCAAAAAUCUCACUGAUAUUUAUAGCACCUAGAACGUGAAAGCAAGGAAUAUUUGAACUCUUGCUGCAUAGCUAUGGAUCUGGAUAGAGUGGAAUAUAUGGUCCUGUGAGCUAGCUAGCCUUGUGCUUCAGACUUGUCUGGAGGAUAAACUAUGUUUAUGUGUUUUCCUAACUCAGAAAUAAAUGCUGUUUAAAAAAAAAUUACCAAGUUUAUGUUAGUUAGGCCGGCUAAUAUAAUUUUCUUAAAGACGGAAGAGUGCAAACCAUUCUCCAGGUAGGUACAAGCGCUCUUCAGCUGCCUCCAUAUCUGGUCCUGAAUUAUCAAGGCAGACUUCAAGAACAUCAGGAGCUAAUCCAUGUCCAGUAGCUGCUAUAGCAGUUUCCGAGAUUUUGGUAAAUAGGAGAAUCCUCAACGAAGAGGGCAGCAAGUCUUGCCUCAGCGAGGUAGGAGGUAUUUGAAUUUCUUACUCAUAGUGUAUUGUCAUCUUCUUCCUGCUAUCCUACCCACUCAAUGUGUCAGAGAUCUAAGGCUUGAUUUUUUAAUAUUUAUUUUUCUUUUUUUUUCUUCCCCACCUUCUCUGCUGAGCAUGGAAUAUCCAAGCCUUCAGUUUCUGGUGCAUCAUCACAAUGGCUGCGUUCCCUGUCCUGGAACAAGAAACAUUAUUCCGGAACGGUACCUGGAGCUACCGGAUUCCAGCCCUGCUCUACCUGCCGCGGUUCAGCAUGAUCCUGGCCUUUGCUGAGGAGCGAGAGGACCUGGUGGAUGAACAUGCCAAGCUGAUAGCCAUGCGCAGAGGCAUGUAUGACCCAGCCACGCAGCAUGUUCAGUGGAAAAGGAUGGAGACCCUUGUCAGUGCACAGCUUGAAGGCCACCGAUCUAUGAACCCCUGCCCGGUAUAUGAUGAAGUCUCAGGGAAACUCAUCUUGUUCUUCAUAGCCGUCCCAGGAAAGAUCUCUGAGCAGCAUCAGCUGAGGACAAAAAUCAACCUGGUACGUCUCUGCUACAUCACUAGCAUGGACCAAGGACGCACCUGGAGCACUGCCCAGGAUAUCACCGACAGGACCAUUAGGAAUGAGUACAAGAACUGGGCCACAUUUGCAGUGGGGCCAGGUCAUGGAUUACAAUUGCACAAUGAGGCCCGGAGCCUUGUGAUUCCUGCCUAUGCCUACCGUAUCUUGGACCCCAAGCAACACCCCACCCCUCAUGCCUUCUGCUUCAUCAGCUCUGACCAUGGAAUAACAUGGGAGAAGGGGAACUUUGUGGGGGAGGAGAGUGCAGUGGAGUGCCAGGUAGCAGAGGUUCAUACCUGUGGCAGAAAGGUCCUUUACUGUAAUGCAAGGAGCAACAGGGGAGCCAGGAUCCAGGCUGUCAGCUACAACCAUGGGCUGGACUUCGAGGGAGGCCAGCGGGUUGAAAUGCUAAUAGAACCUCCCUCGGGAUGCCAUGGAAGUGUUACUGCCUUUCCACCUCCCCUGGAUGCCAGAUGUCAAGAUAGUUGGUUACUCUAUGCUCAUCCUACAGACCCAAAGGGUCGAAAAGAUUUAGGAAUUUACCUCAACAAAAGCCCUUUAAAUCCAGCACACUGGACAAAACCCAGCAUACUCUUCAAGGGCCUGUGUGCUUAUUCAGAUCUGCAGUACAUGGGUGUUGGGCCCGAUGGCUCACCUUUGUUCUCCUGCCUCUUUGAAUAUGGGACUCGCAGACAAUGUGAAGAGAUUAUUUUUGUCAUGUUCACUUUGAAGCAAGCCUUUCCUUCAGAACACUGAGUCUCAAGCCUUUCCGUUCUGAGUCUCAAGCCUUUCCAUCAGCAUCCUUCAGAAAAGCAUCUUUGCUGAUGCUUUUUAUUGUCAUUUCUCAUUCCGUAGCAAAAGGGUAUUCUUUUACUCCUGCUGCACACAUAGUUUGGUGUUGGCUUGUUGUGUCUGUAGAUUGUGAAGUCCAUUAAACAUACCACAACGUAA